AUGAAUGAGUCGAAUAACAGAGGAAGAACCCGACAACGUAGAAGUAACAACGACGGAAUCAACAUCGAAGAUAGCGAAGACAAUAACUUUAUCGUGAAUGACGAUGGUAUGUUCAUUGACGAUAAUGAUUCGUUAGAGGAUGAAUGUAUAACUCCAAAAGACGAUGAAGAUAAUAUAAACUCCAGAAGAAAGAGAACUGAUAGAUUAAAUAGAAACGAAAAUAAAAAUAUGGCUAACGGAAGAGGAGAGUCCAACAACGGUAGCGGUAGUUUGCGCCGCGGAGUUAACAAUCAACAUGCACAACAACAUGCACAACAACAUGCGCAACAACAUGCGCAACAACAGUACAAUAGUCGACACCCAGAAGGUAGUAAUUCCAGCAUACUAAUAAAUGGCGCUCCGUCAGAUGGCGCAAUGCCGGAUAGUGGCCUCCCCAAUGGCACAACGCAGGGUGUCACGAGCAAUAUCAGAAACGGGCUCUUCGUUUUCAACGGAGACAACAUCUUGGGUGGAAGUGACGGCAAUGGAAACAGAGGUAUGCGUGGCUUGAACCAAGGCCUACUCGAGGGCGUAGGCGCAAGCGCAUCCUCUAGCAUAGGCGCAAAUAUGGGCGCAGAUAUCUCCACCAACAUAGCAGCCAACGCGCACGACUGUGAUGGAGUAAAAAACGAUCCCUUGAGCCACAUCCACGGGGGCGAGAGGGACAACGUGUUCGUCAACGGAUCAAGCAACUACUUCGUGCAGAACGGAGUGCACGCGGAGAGUAAUCACGCGAAUGAAGGAAGAGAUGCAUGGGAUGACCCCAUGGAGGAGGAACAACAGGAUGAGGAGGAAGAGGAGGAAGAAGAGGAAGAAGAAGAAGAGCAGGAGCAAUCCAAUCAGUAUGAAGAAUUGAACCGAGAAAAUCAGGCCAACGCACGUAUGCAAGGAGUCGAAUUGAACGAAGUCGGGGCAAGAGAAAAUAUUAAAAAGAAGGACGAGGAAAUGGAAAGAAAUAUGUUGCACAUGGUGGAGAAUGAUCCGAUAAAUGACGAACUAGUAGUAGCAUCAAUACUUAACAAUGAGAAUCAGUUGGAUUCUGAAUCUCAUGUAAAUACAUUAAGUAGUGCAGUAGGAAGAAUAUCUACAGAAGAUUCUUCCAUCCCUGGGGUAGGAUCCCAAGGAUCAGCAGUAGCUCUUCCCACAGGGGGACUAACAGUCGAAAGUUUCAUACAAUGUUUAAAAAGAGAACUGACCUGUCCAAUAUGUUUAGAUUAUUUCUACCUACCCGUAACGAUGAAUUGUGGGCAUACCUUUUGUCGAUACUGCAUAGGUCAUAACAAAUUGAAUGGAAAAAAUUGUCCCUUGUGUAGACAAGCCUUAGGGCAUACAGUUUGCAUCAAUACUAUUAUUUCAAACUUAGUUCGCAUAUAUAAUUUAAGAAGAAAAUCCAUCAAGGUGUACAAGUCUAUUGAAAUAGUGAACACAGUGGAUGAAAUGUGGUGGAACGAAAAUUUCAUUAAACCACAAGUUAGUGUUCCUUUAUUUUUACGUAUAUUUCUCAACGAUAUGAUAUCUGUACCUGUCUUUUUUGACGAUCUGACUGCUUGCAUUGUUGAUUUUUUCACAGUCAACAAUCUGUGGUCAAGAGCCAAGUGGGUAUUUAAUAUUAACGACUGUAAAAUAUUCAGUGAACUCAUUGGAUACGAUAAGGACAACAGGGAAGUUACCAACGACAGGUUACAUGCAUGGGUGGAGAAUUAUAUCACACAGAACCCAUCCAUGUGCAUUAGAAAAGAUGAGAAAAUUAUUUUAAAAAUUAUUCAAGAUAGAACCCAUAAAAUUGAUAGCCAAUUUUUUGAUUCAUCUGCAUUGCCGAAUAGAUUACCGUGGGAUGGAGGAAGACAUGUUAAGAGCUUAAUUCAUAUGCCUCAUUCGUCCGUCUCUCUGUCGCACCUCAUAUUUGUCAAGGCAGAAAACAACAACCUUGGUGUAGUCGAUUGUGGAUCAACUAUUGGUACCAUGAUCAAGGUUAAUAAUAAUCACGUAUUGAAAGAGGGAGAUAUUAUCCAUAUAGGAGAUCGACUUGAAGUUACCGUCUCCAUUGAUAAGAACACCGCAGGUAUGCCUUACAAAGGAUACGUGUGGGACAAGAAGUCUAAUAAAGUGCUUGAUAGGCACGAGUUAAACGAGCUCAUGAAGGAGAAGGGCAAAGAAGGAGGGGAAGAAGCAGGAGCAGUAGGUGUUAAGGAGAAUGAGGAUGAACCUGAACAGAGAGGAGAAGGGGCAUCUGAAUCGAGAGGCAAUCCAAACACGGAACAUCUCGAAGAAGGAAUCUCUGAACAGGUUGGAGAGCGAGGGGCAGAUGGACAUGACUCAGCCAAUAACGCAGGAGAAGAUGACAUGCCUUCGUAUUGUGAAAAUAUCGAGUCGAAUUUGCUUAUUAAAUUCGACUUUGGAACUGUUAAAGAUGAAGUCACUUUAAAAACAGAAUAUAUCGACCCCAAGGGAGUAGUUUUAGGGAGAGGUCCUUAUGCUCAGUCCAGCUAUAAAAAACUGUCCGUUACAAAUUCCAAUGGUUAUGUAUCUAGAGAACACUGCUUAAUAUACUAUGAUGGAACUAAACCCGUUGGAGAAAGAUGGCUUUUAAGGGAUACUAGUACCUUGGGAACGUUCUUAAAAAUUCCACCCUUUUCUGAACCCGUCCCUUUACCUGUGGGUUCUAUUUUUAAAGCCGGCCAAUGUAAAAUUGAAGUUUGUUCUCGUGACAGUGCACAAUUUGCACAACACCCUGCCAGGUCCAUUUCGCUACUCAACACGAACAAUCGACCGAACAUGGGCCCCCCAAACCCGGACGAUAAUAGGAACAACGACAAUGGAAAUGGUAAUCCGAACAAUCAGAGCAAUUCCGGUGGAGGCCAAGGAAGUGGCGCAAGCGGUGGUGGCGCAAGCGGCGGUGGUGGAAGUGGUGGUGGUGGAAGUGGUGGUGGUGGAAGUGGUGGUGGUGGAAGUGGUAGUGGUGGAAGUGGUGGUGGUGGAAGUGGCAGUGGUAGUGCUGAAGGCAAUGAAAGAGGAAAUGGCAGACAAAGCCGUGGAGGCAACCACCACAACAAUGGGAGAAACAACUACCGUAAUCAGACAAGCCCUGGAGGCGUGAAUCACAACUUCAUGUUUGCCAGAUGCGCAGAAAGAAUACAAACAAAUAGUAAUAACAACAGUAGUGUAGAGAGCUUACAAGGGUACAACUAUAGGGAACAAUACCACCACCCCCUUGAUGUAAAUAAUGCAGGGGGUGGUUACUGGAUAUUUAAUGGAAAUGCUCUGCAGAAUUAUCGAAGGAGUCCAAGAUCCUAUAAUGUAACCAACAGUGGUAACUUUGUGAAUAUGGCGAACGGAAUAACCAUGACAGGGAUCAAUCAUGAUGGUUGUGCCGGUAUUAACAGAGCGUGCUUGAAUACUCAGGGCGCAGAGCAGUAUCAGCACCAGUACCAACUGGAGUAUCAAGAUCAGAAUCCCCUUCGUCAAUUCCACCAACAUCAACAGCAACAGCAUCAUCACAAUCGCGACACGUACUUCUACAACUACCUCCAACAUAGGGUUAAUCGCCAAGGGAACGAUAGACGCCUAAGUAACGGCAAUGAUGUUAAUGAAAACGGUGAUGAUCAUGAAAAUGGCAACAACGACUUUUCUAAUAGUCGUAUCGAUGAUGCCAGGAAUAACAACAAUGCGAAUGGAACGAGUGGUCCGGGAGGUAGCCAAAACAGAGAUAAUCAAGGCAGUGCAAGUAAUACCAGCAAUCGUUAUAACGGACAUAUAUGUCGAUAUCACGGGUGGCAGACGAACCGCAAUGGUUCCAACCCAAUCGAUGGAAGUUACUACGGAAACAACAUCCACAAGGAGAUGAUUAGCGUUAACGCCGAAAGGAGUCAAAUGAACGGCGAAGGUUAUUACACUGAGCCAUUAGGAAGAAGCCUUGUACAUGUGAACUACGAUGAAGUUUUCUCUUCGGGGCAUUUUCCCCAUGAAAGCCACAAUGGAAAUUUGUACAUGCAUAAUAUGGGAAGAAUAAACCCAGUAGUAUGCAGUGCCCCUGCCACAGGAGCAACCUUCCUUCGCAGUGACGGUUUUAAGUCGUAUCAGAAUAUGAGGGAGCAGCAUGUGGGGGAAUGUCCCAAUCACGAUCACCAUAGUAGUUUAGAUCAAAGUACUGAACUUAAAGGAAGAAGGGAUGAGGAUGGUGAAGGUGAAGAGCGAAAUGAGGAGGGCUUUCAAAAUUGUAACUCUAAUGAUGGUGCACAUUGUGCAAGUAUGGGUGUAGUAGUGAACAACCCACAAAGGACUGAUGCCAUCGUUCUGAAUAAAAACUGUCGUAGUGACUCCAACCAUGAGAAGAAGAUAAGAAUGAACCCUCACAAGAAGAGCAACAAGGGAAGUAGUAAUGAUGUAGUUGACGGUCGCAAUGGUUUGGUUUAUUGGAGCCCCGUAAGGGAGGGCUUUUGGAACGUCGUAAAUGAAAGAGAUUUUCUCAUGAACAACGCUUCGAGCGAUGUGACAUGUAGUGCAUGUGGAAGGAGGGAGAAUUAUUGGAAAACGGAGAGCGCCUACAAGAAGAAGAGAAAUCACGCGGAAACGUUUACGUACAAUAGCCUCUUCACUGUGGAAGAGGAAGAAGAAAGGGGAAAUAGCCUUACGGAGGGGAAAAACCUGAACAGGGGAGGCACCCAUAUAGAUCACCAGGGAGAGUCAGAUAUCCAAGAUGAGGAGUAUCAUUGCGGUGCAGGAUGCGAUGUCAGUUUCAAUGCCACCUGCGAGGACGACGUGGUCACAAAGAAUAUCAACACCGCUGCGGCACAGACAGGCUUAUUUAACGAAAUAGAGCCCCUCAACUUGAUUUACGACUACAUCCACGCCCUAGGAACAAACGAGACUGAUAACUCCGGCAGCAGCCAAAGAUUUAUGUGGGAAGGAAAUGAGGAAAUGAUCAACCUUCUAAAUAGCUCCAACGUGAAAACGAAAAAAAUUAACUCCCUCAGCAUAUUCCCCAUGGUGCAUCUUCCAAACUACAACUCUGAGUUUAAGCAGACCAACGAAGACACCCUCAACGGAAACGAAAACACGAGAAGAGUAUUAUACACUGAACGCGACCAUUUUUGUGAAAAUAAGGGGAUGCAGUCUUCCAUAAAAAUGAGUAACUGA